AAACGAUUUAAUUACCGAUUUGGUAUAUGUAUCAAAGAUUUUUUACCCGCCCUUUUCUUUCUUUCUUUCCAAGCACAAGAACCCUAAAAAUACUCCCUUUUUUCUCAAAUUUUACUCGUUGAUCAACACCUAUCUCUCCCACAAAUUGGUUGCUAUCUGAGAUAUGGUAGUCGGCAGAAUCACCACCCGGAUUGCAAGGGCCGUCGUUACUCGGUGCCACAGUUCCUUAAUCCUCCGCGGCCGACCUAUUAAUCGUCCCUCUAUUCCGAUCUCUGGAAAUCAUUUUUGCUCUCUUCCUGGUUCACAGAACAAGGUGAUAGCAGGUCAAAUAUCUUUAUUACAUAAUUCUAUUCUAAGUUCAUCAGCAUUUCAAAGAUUUGGGAUCUCAUCAUCUGCAUCUCCACAAGCCAAUGAAAAGAGUACUUCUGAAAAUGGAGGACCAACUACAAAUAAGCCCGAUGAUGCAAAAGAAAAUGCAAAAGAAAACGAUAAUGGACAAGGCUCAGGUGAGGAAGACUUGACAGUGGAGGAUCUAGUAAAACUUGUGACUGAGAAGGAGGAACUUCUGAAGACGAAGCAAGAAGAGAUUGAGAAAAUGAAAGAUAAAGUUCUUCGGACCUAUGCAGAUAUGGAGAACAUCAUGGAGAGGACAAAAAGAGAGGCAGAAAACUCAAAGAAGUUCGCAAUACAGAAUUUUGCAAAGAGCUUACUGGAUGUUGCAGAUAAUCUCGAUAGAGCUUCUUCGGUUGUAAAAGAGAGUUUUGCUAAGAUUGACACAUCUGAGGACAGUGCUGGAGCUGUUCCACUUUUGAAAACACUGCUAGAAGGCGUUGAGAUGACCGAAAAACAGCUUGCAGAGGUUUUCAAGAAAUUUGGAGUGGAGAAGUAUGAUCCCACAAAUGAGGAGUUUGAUCCAAAUAGGCAUAAUGCAGUUUUCCAAGUACCAGAUUCCACCAAGUCUCCUGACACUGUUGCAGUUGUGCUCAAGGCAGGAUACACACUGCAUGAUCGAAUUAUACGCCCUGCUGAAGUCGGGGUAACCAUAGCUGUGGAGAACUAAACGUUUCUGACUAAUGUAUUGCUGUUUACGUGAUAUCCUCGAGCUUUUGAGAUCUUUUGUCAUGUAGGACAUUCGGUAUUUCUACUGAACUCUUUCUGAUUUACUUCAUUUUUUGUGUCAACUGUAAUAAAUUACCAUGACAUUGAGGCUACUGAGACAUCGAAAGUGGACAUGGCGGUCAAUCAGCCAUCCGCCGUGGAUGGAAAUCUGGAUCUUAAUUGUUUAAUUUAUUCUCUUUAUACGGUUUCA